CAGCAGAAUGCCUGAACCCGCUAAGUCCGCGCCCAAGAAAGGCUCCAAGAAAGCUGUGACCAAGACGGCCAGCAAGGGAGGCAAGAAGAGAAGAAAGACCAGGAAGGAGAGCUACGCCAUCUAUGUCUACAAGGUGUUGAAGCAGGUCCACCCCGACACCGGCAUCUCCUCCAAGGCCAUGAGCAUCAUGAACUCGUUUGUUAACGACAUCUUUGAGCGCAUCGCCGCGGAAGCGUCUCGUCUGGCUCACUACAACAAGCGCUCCACCAUCACUUCCAGGGAGAUUCAGACCGCCGUGCGUCUCCUGCUGCCCGGUGAGCUGGCCAAGCACGCCGUGUCUGAGGGCACCAAGGCUGUCACCAAGUACACCAGCUCCAAGUAAACAGCUGUGCUGCUGCACGCUCAUCAAUCCAACGGCUCUUUUAAGAGCCACACACUUUAUCUGAAAGUGCAAUCCUUCUGUUUUGUAGACACUUGAUAUAGGGUAAAGUGGUACAAAAUUUGCUAGAGAUUGAUCCUGUAGCACAAACUAAUCAACUGUAAGAGGAAUAUACUGUACAGGAUUGAUAUCAAAGAGCGAUUUGAUGAAUUGAAUGAAUGCUUCAUUCUUGGCUCUGUCUUUAAGGCUGUGAUGUACAUAAUGUUUUGGGAGACCAUACUAAUGAAUCAUUAACAGCAAAUUAGAGACAGCAGCUUUCAGGCCACACAUACAUCAAAAUGCACAUCCAUGUUCUUUUCUGGUGCAUUUAUGAUGCAGAUGACUUAAUAAAAAAUUAAAAUAAAAGCAAUUUGAACCUAAAUUUAACCAUCUGAUCUGUGUAGAAAUUUGAUUUCACCAAACUGCUUUUUACUCUAACUCACUAUUUACACAUAAACAAAACAAAACAAAAAAAAAACCAACUCCAAUUUGAAGCUCAGAGAAACAAUGUCCUGGCCAUACAGUCUAUUGCUGUGAUGUUAAUACUGAUAUUUAUUCAUGCUAUUUAUACAUAUAAUAUGUGUAUUGACAUUGAUCUUGGUGUUACUUGGUUGUUCUUUAUAGUUUACUUGGAAAAAAUGAGUGUUGAUGUUUUGGCAACAUUGUUUUUUGAGACUU